AUGCCUUCACAAAAAUUUUUGGGUACCCAACCACCAUCCUUCCAACAGAGGCACUUGAAAGCCAAAGACAAGGACAUUGUUCUAGCCUCUCAGCCCAAAACAGGAACCACUUGGCUAAAAGCCCGUGUUCUCCACUUCAAAAGAAAUGAAAAUCAUCUAGUGUUUCGCACUGGAAACACCGUGGGAAUGGGAGAAGGCGAGCAGCAGGCCAUUGAUGAGCUGAUUGCUUCACUUCCCCAAGAGAAAGUUCCAAGCCUUCCUCCUUGUUGCCUUUUCCAAAACUUUUGGUGCCCGAUCUUCGUGCUUCCUAAUGUUGUCGCGUUCCAGAGGCACUUCAAGGCCAAAGACAAGGACAUUGUUGUUGCCUCUGACCCCAAAUCAGGGACCACCUGGCUAAUGGCCAUAGCAUUCUCCAUUGUCAAUCGCUCCCAAUUCGACAUCUCAAACAUGCCCUUGCUCACUUCAAGCCCCCAUGAACUCAUCCCUCGCUUUGAGUUUGACUUUUUCGUGCAUAACUCGAGAUUCGAUCUUGAUGACAUGGAGGAACUGAGGCUCCUCUCUACGCACCUCCCUUAUUCAAGCUUGCCGGAGUGUGUCAAGCGGUCGGACUGCCGGAUCAUUUACAUCUGCCGGAACCCGUUGGACACCGUGCUUUCCUCUUGGCACUUCUACCUCCAGAUGGCGCGAUCGGAGGAGUGGCCGGAGGGGUCCUUGGAAGAGCAUUUCGAGAUCUAUUGCCAAGGGAAAACACCGUUCGGGCCCUUUUGGGAUCAUAUGGUGGGGUACUGGAGGGAGAGCUUGGAGAGGCCACACAAGGUGUUGUUUCUCAAGUAUGAGGACUUGAAGGAAGAUAUCGUAGGACCCCUGAAGAAGGUGGCCGAGUUUGUGGGUCUUCCCUUCACUGAGGAGGAAGAGGAGAGAGGUGUGAUUGAAGAGAUAGCCAAAAUGUGUAGCUUGAAGACCCUCAAGGACCUGGAGGUCAACAAAUCCGGCAAAUUAUCUGGUAAAUCCAUCGAGAAGAGAAGCUUUUUUAGGAAAGGUGAGGUGGGUGAUUGGGUUAACCAUCUCACUCCUUCCAUGGUGGAUCGCCUAAAUAGCAUCAUGCAAGAGAAUUUGAGCCCCUUCGGGUUGGAGUUCAAAUUAUGUUGAGUGUUAAUUACUUGCAGUUUCGCUAUGUCCAUCACUAUAAA